AGACGGGUUUUCCGCUGAUUUCGUUCAACAAAAAUUCAUAUAUAACAAAUAAAUAAUACAAUUUAACGCAAACAUAACCCUGCACAAUACAAUUUAAAGUGCUGGCCACAAGUGUAAAUAAGUUUCAGUUGCUAAACAAGCCGCUAAAGUGCCAAACUCACGUGAUGAAAAUACGGCUGAAAACUUCAACGUAAAAGUGGGAGGGGAUACGAAUUUUUCUAAUUGGAUUUGCAAGAAGUGAACGAAUUUGUCAGAUCCAUCGGGUUAACCGUGUUUAAUGCGUGCCAGGUGCACCGAAAAAAAUGCCAAAAUUGCCAAAUAAGAAUACAAAUAGUGGCUACUUGCUAAACGAAUGCACAAACAAAAUGUAAGCUCGCCGCGGGUGCAAGCAGAGCGCGAGGCCGACUUCGAGUCCCCCUUACCCCCACACACGCCCACCGCCCCCGUGUCCUACACAAUAAAUGCGCAAUACAAAGCAAAUUAGUUGCCGCCGUCUGCAGUCGACGUUGACGGCGCUGCCGUCUCCUUUACAUAGUUUCGUUUGUGCCGUUGUUGUCGUCAACAAGGAGUGAAAAAUAAGUUUGCUGCGGCUGCUCCCCCCCCUCCCCACACAGACUUUGAGCUAGCGCGCGCUUGUCUGUACGUGUGUGUUUGUGUGUGUGAGUGCGUGCAUUUGUGUGUGCGCGGGGAAAACAAAAGAAAAGCACAAAAACGAAAACAAUAACAAGCGCCAGGCGCACGGACAGCGCGUUUAUCAAAAAAGCAAAUACAAACAAAAUGUGGACGCAGCUGCUCUGCCUGCUGGCGCUGCUCAACGCCAGCUGCGCUUCGCCCGUUGAGAUUGUCGCACAACCGACUGAAGCUGGCCACAAAUUGGCAGCGACAACAACAACAAAUGAAACAGCUGGCGCUUAUCUAACGAAAUCGUCGCUGCCUGUCGCUGAUAACAGCGGCCAUGGCAACAACAACAGCAAUAACAGCAGCAACAACAACAACUCAGUGCCCAUACAAUUGCCCACAACAGACGCUGCCUCAGGCUCUGCCGCCGCCGCCGCCGCUGCUGCUGCUGCCCCUCAGCUGCGAAUGUCGGUGCCGACUUACCCGCCGCUGCAGAACAAGAAGCACGAGAAAACGAUCAAGUGUCAUUGCGAUAUCUGCAAGGAGACGAAUCACAUAUGCGAAACGGAUGGAUAUUGUUUCACCUCCGUGGAAAAGGACACUGAUGGCAAAAUAAUCUUCAGUUUUCGCUGCCUCAACAUGUCGCAGAGCUUCCCGCCGGGCCGUUUCAUUUGGUGCAACGAUGGCCGCCAAGGUGGCCCCACGGCACGUCCAGCCGCACGCCGGGGCGGUCAUGCCUGUUGCAAUGAUCGUGACUUUUGCAAUCGCCAACUGCGUCCCGUUAUCAAGUACUAUGCGCUGUCCACGGCCACGCCAGGUGGUGGUCAGGAGUCGGUGUCGCUGGCGCCGUCGGUUAUCUACGAAGAUUUUAUGCCCAAUAAGACACUGACUAGCUGGCAACUGGUGGUCAUCAUUGUGGGCGUCACGGUGAUUAUCUGCUUUUCCGGCACCAUGGCCUGGUAUUAUUGUCAGCGUCGCAAGCGCUUGGCCAAUGGACGACCAUUCGCCAAGGAGGACUCUGUCUACGAUCCCAUACUGAAUGGCAACACUACGCUACAUGAUAUUAUUGAGAUGACCACCUCGGGCUCAGGAUCGGCUGGUCUGCCGCUACUAGUGCAGCGCUCCAUUGCACGCCAGGUGCAGCUGUGCCAUGUCAUUGGCAAGGGACGUUUCGGUGAGGUAUGGCGCGGUCGCUGGCGUGGCGAGAAUGUCGCCGUCAAGAUCUUCUCCAGUCGCGAGGAGUGCUCCUGGUUCCGCGAGGCGGAGAUUUAUCAAACAGUCAUGUUGCGUCACGAGAAUAUAUUGGGUUUCAUUGCCGCGGACAACAAGGACAACGGCACCUGGACACAGCUUUGGCUGGUCACGGACUACCAUGAGAAUGGCUCGCUGUUUGACUAUUUGACCACACACUGUGUGGACACCAAUGUCAUGCUGAAUAUGGCGCUGAGCAUUGCCACGGGACUGGCGCAUCUGCAUAUGGACAUUGUGGGCACGCGGGGCAAGCCCGCCAUAGCGCAUCGUGAUCUCAAGUCAAAGAACAUACUGGUCAAGUCGAAUUUGAGCUGUGCCAUUGGUGAUCUGGGCCUGGCGGUGAGGCAUGUGGAGAAGGACGACUCAGUGGAUAUACCAUCCACGCAUCGCGUCGGCACCAAGCGCUAUAUGGCGCCCGAGGUGCUGGACGAGAGCAUGAAUGCCCAGCACUUUGACUCGUACAAGCGUGCGGAUGUCUACGCCUUCGGCUUGAUACUCUGGGAGAUAGCGCGUCGCUGCAACAUGGGCAUGAUCUAUGAGGAAUAUCAAUUACCCUACUGGGAUGCCGUGCAGCCCGAUCCAAGCAUCGAGGAGAUGAAGAAGGUGGUUUGCAUUGAGAAGAGCCGGCCGAAUAUACCCAAUCGCUGGCACGGCUCCGAUGUGCUGCACAACAUGGCCAAGGUCAUGAAGGAGUGCUGGUAUCCCAAUCCUGUGGCGCGACUCACUGCGCUGCGCAUCAAAAAGACGCUAGCCAGCAUACGUGUUGAGGACAAGGUCAAGAACUGAUUGUGGCUCUAGUGCGUAGACCAAGAGUGGAAUGCGUUUUAUUUUCCGUUUUAUUGUUUUCGUGUUUUAUCGAAAAAAGCGUUGUGUGCAUUGCAACUCGUGUAACCUGUAACCUGGCCCCGUGUUACCUUCAAGCGA